UAGUUUUUUUUAUUAUCGAUAUGUUAUGUUGUUAUCACUGAGGUGAUUUUGAUUGGUUAAUGAGAUGAACAUUUGAAAGUCUUGAAAUUUUAAAAAGUCAGCCAUUUUCAGUAAUAAAUUGUGUUAACAAGCGUAUAAGUUGAGACGUUUAGUUAGUGUUUUUUUUUCUACAAAUAUAAAAUGCCAAUUUUGAAUAGAAAAUCGAUUAGAAAAGAUACGUUCAAAUGCCCUACGGAUUACAAAAUAAACCUACUGAAAUUGUUGAAUAAUAAUAACCUGGGGACAUCAGUUUCGGAGAAGAAAACAGAAAUUCCUCGAAAUCAAAAUUUAACGAUAUCGCUCGAAACGCCCAAGAAGAAAAAAAAUGUUAACGUUAAGAAGAUUACAUUGACUCCUGAAGAUAUGUUCGAUUCGUCAUCACCGAUGGACGACAGCGACGCCGAUUCCGUUCUCUCCAAGGAAGUUCUAAACAGAAUGGACGUGAAGGAGAAAUAUAUGGAAUUUUGGAACGAGACUUUAACUCCUGAAGAAGAAAACGAGUUGAAAUCGUUAACGCAGGAAUUGCAGGCGAAAUAUGUUGAUGCCAAACCGAAGAAGGUGAAGAAAAAGGAGAAUUAUGCCUCUAUGAGCUUCUACGACAAGAUGAGUUCCCUUCAAGAAUCCAGAAACGUCGGUCUCUACGUGUAUUGCGACUCUUGCGACAAGUGUAGAUACCUGCCCGACGUGCAAGAUCCCCUGGAUCUACCUGAGAAAUGGUAUUGUUAUAUGAAUCCAAAUGGAAGAUAUAAUAGAUGCGAAAUCGAAGAAGAACCGAUCGACGAGAAGGAAGAGGAGUUGAUGAUAUUCAAUAAAUAUAACGCGGGUAGCAUCGUCUGGGCGAAAAUCGAAGGUUACCCAUGGUGGCCGGCUAUGGUGGAAGACGAUCCCGACAUCGGGGAUUAUUUUUGGUUGGAAGAUACCUUAGAACCGACGUACUAUCACGUGACGUUUUUCGAUUCCACCGCGGUGACUCGAUCUUGGAUAAAAACGGGAGAUUUGAAAGCGUUCAGAAAAAAUAUCGACGAUCACCACGCGUUUGACAAUAAAUUCAAACGCAGAUUGAGCGCCGCCGUCAAACAGGCUAAAGAAGCCGCCGGAAUGCAGCUGAUCGACAGAUUGAAAAUAUUCGGUUUCACACGGAGAUACAAGAAACCGUCGAAGAAGACGAAAAAACGGAAGGAAAACUCGACCGAAAACGGCGGCGUUAAGCGGAAGAAACGCUCCAAGUUCGACGUCGAGUCGGAUUCUUCGACUGAAGACGGAAAAGAGAUGAACGAAACUUCGGAUGAGUAG